UAAUCACUAUUCACAUCGGGUUUUGGUAAUCACAAAUAUUAUAGCAAGAAUCAGACAAAACAAAGCAAUUUAAAAAUUUUAGUGGGAAAUGACUUGGUUUUAGUUAGUGCAUUAUCUAGCACAAAGACGAAAACCGAGUAAUAUCUUCUCCCAUCGUCUCAUGCUUACGUUGUCAAAAACAGCCAAAUGCUCUUCCUUGGUGUCAAAUUAACUGAUUUUCUUCAAAAGAUGCACAAUGCAACCCCACGGCCACAACAUCGCAAGAAGAAGCGUUCCCUUGAGUUGAGGGGAUUAAAUAUUUUGUCUUCAUUCAGGUUUGUGUGUUGAGCUUUCGGAGGGGCUUGCUCGAUGGACCAAUUGGAUUAAGAUAUGUUGGUCUCUCCAAUUAAGGUCGUCGCAUAAGUGUAAACCUUGUAAUUGAUAGAGAGCAUUCUUUUACUCCUUUGCCAUUCUUUGUAAACUUAAAAAUCAGUGGAAGAUAUUCUUAAUCUUCCCAUCCCAUAGAACCUAAUUAAGAAAAUAGUUGAGGUGUAGAAAUGCUAAAACCCUGUUUUCAUUUUCGAAGAAAAGUUGGUGGCUAUGAAUCAAGUAGUCAGGAGUUAAUGAUUUGUGACUGAUAUUGCAAACUUUAGAACAUGAAUCUGACUUGACAAGUAAAAAGUAAUCUUAAUUGGGUUUAAUCAGAUCUACUAUGGAAAUUCUGGCCUCUGUCUACACUUUGUAUAUGUCGGUAUGAAAGCUAGGCCAAUUUGCUCCUGCUCCCGCUCCCUCUCCCGCUCUAUCUUAUUUCUGCACCAAGUAUGUGUACUUCCUACACCUACCAAUACUGUGUAUUUCUCAAGCCAGUAACUUUCAUACUAUUGUAGUUUGCACUAUUAGGCAUAUUUAAUAAUGGGUUUGGCAGUAAAAUAUGAUAUCCUAACUUAUUUUGAAUUACAACUUUCUUAAGGUGUGUAAUAUUGGUAGUUAUAUUUUAUUACAGAGACAUUUGCCCACUUUAACUUGGUGGUGUAUGGUGGGCACCAGGCAAAGCAAUGCAUAUCUAAAUUAAAGUUAGUCUAAGGCCGUGCCUAGAAACUCUGUGAUGCUAGGCAGCUUUGUGAUUUACAGCUGUGUCCUUUACAUAUCCCAUUUUCCAUAUCUACUUCAGAUUUUAAUAAUUGAAAGUCCGUCCCUCUCAAGGAAACUGCCAUUGCAAAUUUUAAUGCAUUCUAUUUUGUUUGAUCUUUGCCUACUUUUCAAUCCUCUGUUAUCUUUGUAAACACUUUAUCCAGAACCAAAGACCUGCACGCUUUUCUGAUUAAUAAUAUUUGGGGGUUAGUGUAAAGGCAUGCAUGCAACCUAGGAUUACUUUCAGUGAAAGAUAACAAACUUGAAACCAAGUUGUGGUCAAUUUAAUGGAGAUGUUGGUUAAAGUGAAACUGCCCUUUAUAUAUAAAUGUAUAUCCAUCUCAUAUCCAUGUCAUUGGAUGCCAUCUUAUCCUUUGAUUGUAAGGAGAUCUCUUUCAUCAAAAUCUGCCUAUCCCGUCAACAACAUUAACUACAUAUAUGCAUGGCUGCACUUUUGCACUAUUACAAUUUGAUAUGGAAGUGCUUUUAGAACAUGGUAUCUAUUUUUCUACAAUAUUCUGAGAACUGAGAGGCACUCAAAUUUUACUGCAGAGGACCGGGAAUUUUAUCCUCUUUGUAUUAUCAGCCACAUCAGCGAUAUCAUGUUUGUAAUGAAUUACAGGAGACCCUUUCAAUAAAUUAUUUGAAACGCCAUGAAAGCAGCAACCGUAACUGAUUAGUGUAGGUAGGUAAGAUGAAGAUAGAUGAAGAAGGCCAAGCUGUCUCCUCCUCCACUUCCAAACAGUACACUUCCUCACUCCUUAUUCAACCCCCCAAGUUGGCCUGCCACUUCCUACAUCUUUCCUAUUUUUCAAUCAUACUUAUCUUCUAUCAAUUCUUUAUCUUACUAAAUUAAUUCAACAACAUAUGCCAUUUUUUACAUUUUACCCUAUCAUUGCAUAUUUAAACUUUAUGAUAUGUGUGCUUAUCACUUAAUUAUUACUAAUUCGGUAAUUAAAAUCAUCAAAAUAGAAAGAAAAAAUCUUACCAACCUUUACCUUCCCAGUACCCAACAUUCUAUUAGUGUUCUAGUUGACCAAUGACUACUUGCAUGCUUGCCUGUAAUAAAAAUCUUCUUAAAAAGCAUAAAGACUCACUCAUAUUCACAUAUAGUGCGCACGCUGACCCCAUCUUCAGGGUCCCCAGUUUGCUCCAUUUCCAUGCAUAUAUAUAUGUUACGAUCCUAAGGACAAGGUAUGAGAUUUGGAUCUCACAUUGGAAAGUAUGGACAACUAGUGUGGGGUUUAUAUGUCCUUGAGCAAUAGCUAGCUUUUGAGUUGUGGUUCUUCUAAGGUUUGUAUCAUUUGGUAUUAGACCCAUCAUCAUGUCUCCCAGUUGCAUUUGUGUGACGCGGGUGGUGAUGCCGGUAUUGCAGUGUUUCCCCGGGGCUAACAAGGAGCUAGCGCACAGCCAACCCACGUGGCGUCGGGGCUACAGAGCAUGGUGGGGGUGGUGACGUCAACAUUACAAUGUUCGUCCAGGGCUAGCAAGGAGCUAGUGCACAACCAAUCCGCGUGGGUGCUGGGGUUGCAGAGCGUGGUGGUAUGUUAAGAUCCCAAGUGCAAGGUAUAAGACUUGGAUCCUACAUUGAAAAGUAUGCGUAACUAGUGUGGGGUUUAUAUAACCUUGAACUCUCUCAUUUUAAUAGCUAACUUUUGAGGUGUGAUCCUCCUAAGGUUGGUAUCAAUAUACCUUUUAAUUUAGUAUCAUAUUAUAUAUUCGUGUUUAUAUUAUGUAUUUGCUACCGUCUGCUCAAUCUUCUUACUCUAUAGCUGUCUUCACUGAAAUUAUUUUUCUCUGUUUACCAUGAAAUUAACUUACCCAUUUGACUUCAACUUCUAAUUUUUUUUUUUCAAGUUUCAUUAAUUUAAGUUGGCUGUUACAUGUUUCAGGCUGAGGCAAAUAAAGAAAUCGUGGGGUCUAACCAAAUCCUGGCUGUGAUGCAAACGGUUAUACCAAUGGAGACGUUGUUUGUAAUGCUUUUCAAGCUUCUUUUAUAUAUAUAUAUAUGGAUCCUUUGAAUAAGUUCUUGAUCUUGAGACAAUGAGAACAAAGAGAGGAAAACGUUCUGAGCAGGCCUUUUGGCCUUCCAUUGUGAUGAAGAAGUGGUUAAAUAUAAGGCCAAAGGUGUAUGAAUUUAGUGAAGACGAGGUUGACACUGAAACUGCAAGUGAAGAUGAUGCUUGCUCUCUGAAAGAUUCAAGAAAGCACGUAUGUGAGGAUCAUGCAAGUAAAACUCCGGGGAAUCAGGCAGAGUGUGGAAGUCGAAUUGCAGAUACACUGAAGGGCUAUCAGUUAAGGCACAGGAGGCAGAAAUCAGAAACACUGCAUGCUCAAUACAUAAAUACGAAGGAUGUGAGGGUGACAAUAGGCACUUGGAAUGUCGCUGGAAGAGUUCCUCAUGAAGAUCUUGAUAUUGAUGAUUGGCUUUCUACACAAGAGCCAUCAGAUAUUUACAUUAUUGGCUUCCAAGAGAUAGUUCCUUUGAAUGCUGGUAAUGUGCUGGGAGCAGAGAGUAGUAGGCCAAUUCCCAAAUGGGAGGCAAUCAUUCGCAGAACUCUGAACAAAUCUUUGGAACCUGAAAGCAAACACAAAUGUUAUAGUGCCCCACCUUCUCCAGUAUUAAGAACUUCUUCUGAUGCUGAUGUACUUUCAGAUGAGAUUGAUGAUUUGCCACUGGGGGUUACUAGCGAGGAAUUUGCCAGCAUUGCGGAUUCUGACAAUAAAGGUCAAGAUUUGAAUAAAGCUACUGGCCUUGGAAAACAUUUACAUCUAACAAGGUUAUAUGAGAUCGAUUUUGACAGUAGAUUAGACUGGCCUGAACAUUCAUUAGAUGCAAUUCCUCAGGUGUUCUCUUCCAAUUUGAAAUUGCAGAGAGUAUUGAGUAGUUCUGCUGGAAUUGGCUUUAAUUGGACAGAGAAUCCUCCUGUAUUUAGUUCUCAAAGUUUUGCAUUGAGUGGAAGUAGAUUAAAAAGAUCAUAUCUUAGCUCUGGAAACCUGUUAUACCCUCCUUGGCUGGAACAAUUAGAGGAACCUAAAGUUGAUGUUCUAUCUGAGACAUUUGAUGAGGAAGCUGAUACCUUCUGCGAAGCAUCUACGGAGCAACAUGAUAACAGAGUUAUCGGUGGUGCUACGAAGCGUCAUAAAUAUGUGCAAAUUGUCAGCAAGCAGAUGGUUGGUAUAUACAUAUCAAUUUGGGUGCGUAAGCGGUUGAGGAGACAUAUAAACAAUCUCAAGGUCUCCCCUGUAGGGGUUGGCCUUAUGGGCUACAUGGGAAACAAGGGGUCUGUUUCAGUGAGUAUGUCUCUCUUCCAAUCACGGAUGUGCUUUGUUUGUUCCCAUUUGACCUCUGGUCAGAAGGAUGGUGCCGAACAAAGGCGCAACUCUGAUGUCUAUGAAAUUAUUCGACGUACCUGUUUCUCAUCUGUCUUGGACGUAGAUCAGCCACAGACUAUUCAUUCUCAUGAUCAGAUAUUUUGGUUUGGGGAUUUGAACUAUCGUCUCAACAUGGUGGAUGCAGAGGUUCGGAAGCUUGUUGCACAGAAGCGUUGGGAUGAACUUAUCAAUAGUGAUCAACUAAGCAAAGAACUAUGCAGUGGUCAUGUUUUUGAUGGGUGGAAGGAGGGGGUAAUAAACUUUCCUCCCACUUAUAAGUAUGAAAUAAACAGGGAUAGAUACAUUGGUGAGAGCCCAAAAGAAGGGGAGAAAAGGAGAACUCCGGCAUGGUGUGACCGUAUACUUUGGUUAGGAAAACGCAUAAAACAACUUUCUUACAAGCGAUCAGACAUAAGGCUGUCAGAUCAUCGGCCUGUUAGUUCAAUGUUCUUGGUUGAAGUUGAAGUGUUGGACCAUCAGAAGCUGCAAAGGGUACUCAAUGUCAGUACUGCAGCAGUACAUCCUGAGAGUUUCCUUGAUGAAAACGGAGAAGAAUUUUAGCCAUCUCCAGGGUAAUUAUGAAGUUGAUUCACUGAGAUUUGAGGACUCAUCUUAUUUGAAAAAUGGGUUUCAAGCUUCAGGCAACAAGCACAAAUAACAUCAUACCAGCAAAAUGGAAAUGAGCAAGAAUUUUUGCCUUGACAUGUACAAUAGCUUUAAUUGGACAAGUAGUUUGUAAAGUCUUGAGUCAUUCUUGCAUGCUUGCAAUCAAUGAGUGAAAUAGAUACAGAAAUGUGCCAUAAUACUAAAUGGUGAUGUAUAGAGCUUACAAACAGACUGUAACACCAUAGGUCCAAUAACCCGACCCACUGUUAAGAUAUUAUCCACUUUGGAUACACA